AAGACUCACUUGCUGUGAAUCACAUUUUCCACCUACAACAGAGCAGCUUCAGACUGGGCCCCUCCGAAGGAACAAAUGCUACCAGAGCCUCCUGCCUCGGUAGCUGCCCUCAAACGCGUUGAUCUGCUGCUUGACACUGACCUUUCAGCUGGAAACACACACAAGAUCAAUACAGGAGAGCAACUGGAAGCUUUUCUCUCAACUUGGACAUCCACUUAAGUUUUUUUUUUUUUUUUUUUUUUUUGCUGUGUGUGUGUGUGUGUGUGUGUGUGUGUGUGUGUGUGUGUUUUUUCAUGGGAGAUCAUGAGCACAUUUUGGAUUAAUGGCCUGUUUAUUCCAUUGUCACGUGUCAUCAGUGAACUCUGAUGGAGCAGUUUAUUAACACAGCGAACACCAAUCUGUGGUAGUUCUCGAUAGAUCGUCGUUGAUUAUCGGGGGAAGUAUUGAUCAGCGCUGACAUGGAUCUUCAGGUGGUGGUCUGGCUGUUCUACUGCUGUCUGCUGCCCUCCACGCUACUAACGGCUUGUCUUUUGCGAUACAACAUCCUGUCGCUGGUUUACUUCCUCUACCUUUUGUUGCUGCCAUGGUUCCUGUGUCCGAACAAACACACAAUCAGAGGUCGCACAGGCUGGUUUAUCAAAUCAGUAUUCUGCACCAGUCUACUGUUUGUAAUGGCUCAUAUCUGCUUCCAGACGGUCCUAUACACGUAUCCUCCACUCAACAUUGCCAUAGGUGACAACUGUUCACAAUGGGACACCAUAACUAGACAUAUAGGACUGUCCAGGCUUCCCUUGGAUGAUCCUUGGAGUAUGACACGCCUUCUGUGUCCUGACCUAGGUGUGUGCAUGGUUGCCUUGGUAACAGUCAUCCUCUGCAGGAGGUUGGUCAGGAACAGAGAGAUGUUGGCUGCCGCUAACAUUACAUCGCUAGAUGAUGAUCUGACAGACAGAACAACAGAUGAUGAGGAGGAGGAUGAAGAGGAAGAGGAAUCGGGUGAUGAAGAGGAACGGUCAAUACCAGAUUACCCUGAUGAGGAGGUUUCUACAGCAACUAGAGCCAAGCAGCUGGCUGAGCGUCUGAAAGUAUCGGCCUGGAAAAUACUACGGGACCUGGGGAGGAUCUUAGCCAUGUGCCUACUGGGUUUGGCUGGUAUCACACAACCUUCUGCCUUCUCAGCCAUCUACUUCCUGCUUUUCAUUGGCGUGUGCACAUGGUGGGCGUGCCAUCUUCCCAUUAGCCAUGUGGGGUUCAAUGCACUGUGUGUGAUGGUGGGCUUCUUCACUGCUGGCCACAUGAUUUGUCUGUACUUGUAUCAAAGUCUGCUCGCCCAGGCCUUGUUCCCCCCACACAGUCUGUGGGCCAGACUGUUCGGUCUGAAAGACAUCAUCAUAGCAGGAAACUGCUCCCUAGCCUAUGACCUCAACCUUAACGACAGUCAUGACUGGCCAGUUUAUGUCAACCCAGGAAUACUGUUCUUCCUCUAUACUACCAUAGUGACCGUUCUUAAAACAGGAUGUAAUGGGCCUAACCAGCAGGUUGAGGAGGAGCAGCAGCUGGAGAAAAGGGAAGAAUUAGAGAAAGAGGUGGUGGAGUUAAGGUCAUGGAAUCAACAGAAGGACAACUAUGAAGAAGACACAGAGCUCAUGCUCCUGUCCAUGACAACAGAAAGCAGCAAAGGAGAAGCCGUGGCUGAUGAGAGUGCGCCAGAUCUGGGUGUUAAUGGGGCCCCCAGUGGCCAACGGAGUGAAAGUCCAUUUUUCCUGCUGGGAAAGAUGGUCAUGCAGCAGAGUUAUGUCUGCGCUCUCAUAGCCAUGAUGGUUUGGAGUAUCACAUACCACAGCUGGUUAACUUUUGUGCUGCUGCUGUGGGCUUGUCUUAUCUGGAUCCUGCGUGCCAGACGGCAUGCAGCCUCAUUGUGCUCUCCAUUCAUCCUGCUGUAUGGCUUGGCUCUGUGCUGUCUACAAUACAUCUGGGCCAUGGAGCUUCAGCCUGAACUUCCAACAACUGUGGGAACCAUGAGCCUCAGACAGCUGGGACUGGAUAGCGCCCAGUACCCCUGUCUAAGACUGGGAGCAAUGCUUUUGUUUACCUUAACGUUCUGGCUGUUGGUACGUCAAUCAGUGAAGGAAAACUUCAGCCGGAAAAGGAAAAGGGCCACACCACUAGAGGAAGUCACUACGGGAGGUACAGAAGAGGAGGCUGGUAAUGAAUCAGUGCUGAAAGUUCUGGGAGGCAUUGUGAUGAGCUCUUAUGCCAAAUACUGGAUCUAUGUGUGUGGAGGGAUGUUCAUCAUGGUCUCCUUUGCUGGAAAACUUGUUGCAUACAAGAUCAUCUACAUGCUGCUGUUCCUGCUCUGCCUUUGUCUCUAUCAGGUGUACUAUUCUCUGUGGAGACGUAUGUUAAAGCUCUUCUGGUGGCUUGUUGUGGCCUACACCAUGUUGGUGCUGAUCUCCAUCUACACUUACCAGUUUGAAGACUUCCCUGGGUACUGGAGAAACUUUACUGGAUUCACAGAAGAACAGCUGGCAGCGAUUGGUCUGGAAACUUUUGCUCUGUCAGAGCUCUUCACCAGUAUUCUGAUCCCGGGCUUCUUCCUGCUGGCUUGUAUUCUGCAGCUGCACUACUUCCACAAGCCCUUCAUGCGAAUCACUGACCUGGACCACGUUACACCCAUACACAAAAAGAAGAGCAGUGAGAGAACUGAACAAAGUGAUUCUGGUAAUGUGGGGUUGAACACAGAAGAGGAAGACCUGGUGACAAACAUCGAUGAGGAAUCUGAAAAUGAAGUGGAAAUGAUGCCAAGUAAAUGGGGUCUGGUGAUGGACAGGUUAUUGGUUCUGUCCAGAAGGUUCUCUGACAUUCUCACCACAGUUCAAGUAUUUCUCUGGAGGCUUCUGGAGUUCCACAUCCUCAAGAUGGUGGCCUUGUUGUCUGUGUGGGUUGCACUUGAAGAGCCAUCUGUAAUGAAUCUGGUCCUGGUGGUGCUGUGGUCCCUGGCAAUGCCCUAUGGUCGCUUUAGGCCCAUGGCUUCCUGUCUUUCUACAGUCUGGGUGUGUGUCAUCAUUGUGUGCAAGAUGCUAUACCAGCUAAGUGUUGUCAACCCUGAGGAGUACUCCCGCAACUGUAGCAUGCCUCUAAUAAAUUCCACCAACUUGUUACCGGAGGAGAUGAUGAACUCUUCUUUGUAUAAGGAGCCGGUGGAUCCAGCCAAAUGGUUUGGCAUCAGGAAAGAUGUUACCGCCCUAGGUUACAGCAAGAAUCAUUUAAUAGUGCUGAUGUUGUUGGUGUUUGAAGCAACAGUGUAUCGUCACCAGGCUCAUCAUUACCGUCAGAUCCAACGAUCCCCCCCACCAAUCCCUGCUCUCUUCCCUGCGGCCACAAGGGACACUUUAGACCAGGGCCUCAUACCCUGCUUCAAGUAUCUGCUCAACUACGCCUUCUACAAGUUUGGGCUGGAGAUUUGCUUCCUGAUGACGGUGAAUGUGAUUGGCCAGCGGAUGAACUUUUUAGUGAUAAUCCAUGGCUGUUGGUUGGUAGCAAUGUUGGUGAGGCGGCGGCGUGAGGCCAUUGCUAGGAUCUGGCCCAGAUAUUGUCUCUUCCUGUCCAUCUUCAUGAUUUACCAAUAUCUACUGUGUGUGGGAAUACCACCCGCUCUCUGCAUAGACUACCCAUGGCGGUGGAACACUCCAGUGUUGAUGAACUCAGCUCUCAUCAAAUGGAUCUAUCUGCCUGAUUUCUACACUGUGCCUAACUCCAAAAACCUUAUAGCGGACUUUGUGCUGCUCAUGUGUGCGUCCCAACAGUGGAAGGUGUUUGAGUGUGAGCAUACGGAGGAGUGGAUGGUUCUAGCGGGAGAGAACACGGACGAACCUGAACCAAUGGAAGGUCGACCGUUUAACCCUGCACCUAACUUCAUCAACUGCAGGAAUUACCUGGACAUGGCUAAAGUUUUGGUGUUUCGCCACUUCUUUUGGUUUGUGUUGUCAGUGGUCUUCAUCACAGGGGCCACUAGGAUCUCUGUGUUUGGACUGGGCUACCUGCUUGCUUGCUUCUUUUUUCUGUUGUUUGGAACCCAGCUAUUGGUCAAACCAUCAAGGACCCGUCUCAUCCUGUGGGACUGUCUCAUCAUCUAUAACGUGGCAGUCAUAAUAUCUAAAAAUCUGUUGUCAAUCCUGGCGUGUGUGUUUGUGUUUGAGAUGCAGAAGGGCUUCUGUUGGGUAAUUCAGCUCUUCAGCUUGGUUUGCACAAUCAAAGGAUACUAUGAUCCCAAAGAAGUGAGCGACAACACAUGCAGCCUCCCAGUAGAAGAGGCCGGGAUUAUCUGGGACAGCAUCUGUUUUCUCUGUCUGCUGCUGCAAAGAAGAAUCUUUCUCAGUUUCUAUUUCCUGCAUGUGAUAGCAGAGCUGCAGGCUUCUGCCAAACAGGCCUCAAGAGGAUUUGAGCUCUUCAGAGCCAGUAUUGUGAAGAACAUUAAAUUUCACCAACAAGCUGAGAAGAAGUCUCUGUCACAGCUCAAGAGAUCGAUGCAGAGAAUUCGCUCCAAGCAGCAGAAGUACAGAGAUGGACAUAAAACAAGUGAAAAUUCCAACAGCGGCCAGACUCCUGAGAGCCAGACAGAUAAGAGGAAGUCCAGGAAGAAGUGGCACCAGCCAUGGCUGGACCAUGCUACAGUGCUCCACUCAGGAGAGUACUACCUGUUUGAAUCAGACAGUGAAGAUGAAGACGAACAGCAAUCUGAAGAGCAGAAGCCUCAGAAACAGACUGCUUGUCAGCUGGUGUACCAGGCAUGGGUGAGCAGUGUGAAAACAGCUCUGAGAGAACGUCAGAGGCGCCAGAAACACUUGAAAAGGAUUGAGAUAAAAGAAACAGAGAAACAAGAAGCAGUGGAUUCACAAAAGGAGGCUACUUCUGUGGAAGGUUAUGGCGACAAUGUUUUUGAAGAGCCUGUCAUCCAGGAUGAGGUAGAGGAGCCAGAAGAACGGGAGUCUGGUCAUGGUGAGAUGGUUCAGAGGAUCAUGGAUAUUCUUCGCUUCUUGUGGGCCAUCAUUUUGGCCAUGGUGGACGGGCUGACUCAGUGGCUCAAUCUGCUGACUAAACAGUAUAGAGAGACAUCUACUGUUCUGUGCAAUGAACGCUACUUCAUCAUACACAAGAUACAGCAGCAUCAUACAACAGCAGACUCCAGAGAUGAUCAGGUAUCUCAGGGCAGUGAAAGUUCCACGUUGGAGACAUGUUUGGAUGAGACUGAUGCAGAAAAUUCCACCAGAUACAGCUGCUUGGAGGUGGAUAGCAGGAUUUUGACAGGCCCGUCUACCCCUAGAGGAAGGCUCAACAGCAUUGGGAAUCUUCUAAGUCCAGAACCCUCAUCCAGCAGCAUGGCGUUACUACCUGAGCCAUUAAACCAAAAACAAAACAGGCACUCGAGAACAGCCAGUGAGCUGCUCGGCGACAGGCAGUUUUUUAUUGAGGAGCUGGAACAGAGCAGAGAGUUCUUUAACAACCAGAACCGUCUGUUGAAGCUGCUGUUUGCCAUGUACAACUUACUGUCAGCAAACUCAGAGCUAGUGUGCUAUUUCAUCAUAGUGUUAAACAAUGUGGUCAGUGCCUCUGCCAUAUCACUGGUCCUGCCCAUACUGGUGUUCCUAUGGGCUAUGUUGGCUGUUCCAAGACCUACCAAGAAGUUUUGGAUGACUGCUAUAGUUUACACAGAGGUAAUGGUGGUGGUUAAAUACAUUUUCCAGUUUGGAUUCUUUCCGUGGAACAGUGUUUAUGAGUUGACCCUAAAUGAAGACAAGCCUUUCUUCCCACCUCGCAUCCUUGGCCUGGAAAAGACUGACAACUACAUAAGAUAUGAUCUUCUCCAGCUGCUGGCUCUGUUCUUCCACAGAUCUCUGCUCAUGCGAUAUGGUCUGUGGGACCAAGAGGGCCGUCUAGAAGAGCAGGGCCCGUCAACAGAAAGUUUUACGGUUGAAGGAAAAAGUAGAGAAAGAGAUGAAGAUGGAGAGAGGAAGGAGGACCAAGUUAAUACAACAUCCGACCCGGAAAACCUGGGAUUUACUGAAAUGAACCAACCUCAAAAGGAUAGUGUGGACUCCACUGAACCGAGUACCAGCUCUGCUGCUGCUACCCAACAAGCCCCUGAACCUGAACCAGCAACCGCUGUGUCAAUAGAUGGACAUGAAAUGCUUCCUGGGAUGGAGAACAUGUUGGACUCUAGGGAAAGGAUAGAGGGAGAAAAUGAACAAGCGACAGAGGAAAUCUCAAAGAAAAGCAGCAGCAUCCGAUUCCGAAAAAAAACUAUACUACCCAAAAAACAACGCAAUAAAGAGGAGUCCACAGCUGAGACUGCAGAUUCUGAAAAGGAGCCAGUGAAGAAGAAGAAGCAUAAAGGCAGGAGGAGAGAGGCAGCCAGUCAGAAAUUACUGAUGGCAGGACACAAGAUCAAAAAUGCCCUGGUAUCUGGUAUUCAGAGUGCUUACAGCCCGGCUCAGGGUUUCUUCAAAGAUAUUCUCCAUGAUGACUAUCGGGCUGCCACCGAUGUCUAUGCCCUCAUGUUCCUCACUGAUGUCAUUGACUUCAUCAUCAUUGUCUUUGGCUUUUGGGCUUUUGGGAAACAUAGUGCAGCAGCUGACAUAGCCUCCACUCUGUCAGAAGACCAGGUACCUGAGGCCUUCCUGGUGAUGCUCCUCAUCCAGUUCAGCACUAUGAUCAUUGACAGAGCCCUAUACCUGCGCAAAGCUGUCUUGGGGAAACUCAUCUUCCAGGUGACCCUUGUUUUUGGGAUCCACUUUUGGAUGUUCUUCAUCCUGCCUGCUGUCACUGAAAGGAUGUUCAAUCAGAACUUUGUGGCCCAGCUCUGGUACUUUGUCAAGUGUAUUUACUUCGGCCUGUCAGCCUAUCAGAUCCGCUGUGGAUACCCCACUCGUAUCCUUGGCAACUUCCUUACAAAGAAAUACAACCACCUCAACCUGUUUCUCUUCCAAGGGUUUCGUUUGGUCCCAUUCUUGGUGGAGCUGCGGGCAGUGAUGGACUGGGUUUGGACUGAUACCACUCUGUCUUUGUCGAACUGGAUGUGUGUCGAGGACAUAUAUGCCAACAUCUUCAUCAUUAAAUGCAGCCGUGAGACAGAGAAGAAAUACCCACAGCCUAAAGGGCAGAAGAAGAAGAAGAUCGUGAAAUAUGGAAUGGGAGGACUUAUCAUCUUCUUCUUAAUCUGCAUCAUCUGGUUUCCCCUUCUCUUCAUAUCAUUGGUCAGAUCAGUGGUGGGUGUGGUCAACCACCCCAUUGAUGUCACAGUGACAGUCAAACUAGGAGGAUAUGAGCCCCUGUUUACCAUGAGUGUGCAGCAGCAAUCAAUCCAGCCCUUUACAAAGGAAGAAUAUGACAACCUCACCAAAAACUUUGGGGACAAUGCUGUGGCCAUGCAGUUCAUCACUCUCUACAGUUAUGAGGACAUUGUGACAGCCAUGAUUGAAGGUAGUUCGGGAUCAGUUUGGAGGAUCAGCCCCCCUAGCAGACAGGAAGUCAUUAAAGAACUGCUUGGAAGUCCUGUUGACCUGACACUGCGUCUGGCAUGGACUUUCCAGAGGGACUUGGGUAAAGGUGGGACAGUGGAGCACACCUUUGACAAACACUCAAUAGACCUGGAACCAGGGAACCCAGUGAGAGCAGAAAUGGCCUCAUUACUAGUUGGCAAUCGCACUGAGCCUGUACUUGUUCCUCAUAUGUUCCCUAACUACAUUCGUGCCCCCAAUGGAGCUGAGGCCAAACCUGUCAGUCAACUAUAUAAAGGUAAUGAAGAUGAUUAUCUGAACAUAACCCUGUCCCUGAAGAGUGACAGGUCACUUAACAGCAGUGGGAACCAAGAGUGGUGGGACAUUGCCAUUGCAAGCUGUCGCCCCUCCUCAUGUGGUGUUCUACCCAUGGUAAUAUUCAAUGACAAAGUCAGUCCGCCUAGCCUGGGUUUCCUGGCUGGAUAUGGUAUCAUGGGUCUUUAUGUGUCUGUGGUCUUGGUCAUUGGGAAGUUUGUGCGUGGUUUCUUUAGUGAGAUCUCGCACUCCAUCAUGUUUGAGGAGCUGCCCUGUGUGGACCGUAUCCUGAAGCUCUGCACAGACAUCUUCCUGGUGCGUGAGACAGGAGAGUUGGAGUUGGAAGAGGAACUUUACUCCAAGCUCAUCUUCCUCUAUCGAUCUCCAGAAACGAUGAUCAAAUGGACUCGGGACAGCCUCAGUCGAGACCAGGACAGACACUGACUGACUGCCUGAGUUGUUUCCUUAUAAAAAAACAACACAAUGCAAAGAUGUCUCGAUGAUAACAAGUGGAAGACUUCUUGAGAACACUCCACACUUACACAAGUGGAUUUACAGCCAAAGAGACACACAAUAGACAUGCAAUAUUAAACAUCUGCUCUUGCUGGAAACAAGCUGUCAUAUCUUUGCAGCUGAAUGACCACUAACCCACCGGAAUGAGAGUGGAAUUACUGUCCUACAGUAAAAAGGAUUGAUAGCAGCUGGACUGGACAUAAUGUCCUUGGAACAAAAAAGCAGCUGUCCGUUUGACCUGUGCUUGUUAAUGGUCAUGGGUCAAAGGUCAAACACAAGUGAUACCUUACUUACAACCUCUGUAUUUGAGCCACCCGGGUGGAGUAACUGUGUGGCUGAAAGUAACUGUGGGUUGAACAAUGAUGUAGCCACAAUCACAGCAGCAGUAUGCUGAUGGAAACAUGCCAUGAUGUCAAUGAUGCUUAGGAAUAUUUCAGAUGCAGCCAAAAUUUGAUAUGCAAUCAAAAACCGUUCAGUCCUACAUCACUACAUGUCACAGGUUUUGGAGCUAUGGACAAGACAAGUUCAUGAAAGAGAUGUUGAUCAUGCUGGUUUGCUUUAGUUGCCAUUUUAAUACUCCAGUUCACUUCAAUUCAACUUCAGCUGUAGGAUUUUGAAAAGUUACUGUAACAGAGCAUGUACAUGUAUGUUGUUGAAACCCAGGUUGCUUUGAUAGCAGCCUUCAGCUCGUCUGUAUUUUUGAGACGGAUGUUUCUCAUCUUCCUCUUGAUAAUAAACCACACAUGGGGUUCUAUGGUGCCAAUCAA